AUGGCCGUAUGUGGCGUCUGGAAGCGCCCUGUUGCGAGAAUGCGACGGGCAAUCAUGACGGCCAGCAAGAUGUCAGCCCAGACAUUGUGUUUCAGGGGGUGUGUGUGGGCUGGCGGCAAUUUAGCCGCCGAACUGCCGAGCCGCUCAGCAACGCCGCAGCUGUGCCAGCGGGAGCCCCAGAAUAAGGGCCCUCAGGGAAGGCGACCCGGGCGUGCGACUGCCAGGCCUCGUUCGGCUACUGUUCCGAGCUGCGACGCUGUGCGGUCCCCUGCAGCGGCCGCGGCACACGCACGGCGAAAAAAAGCCGUCCCUGUGCGGGUCGGGUCGAAGCCCGACCUGGCACAGCUGCCCGCGAUUGGUGGUUCCGCCCCCGGCAGCCCAUUUGCGGCGACCGGGAUGCGGGGCACCUGUCUUGGACCGGACGCCAGGACCGGCUCCGAGACGGGUUUACUUCAAGUCCACCCAUAG